GUGGUGCAAGCUUAACAAUCAACAUGUUCUGCGCGAACGUGUUGCUUGUCAACAGAAAACGAUUGCCGAAACGAUUUAGUCCGAUUAUUAACGUAAAUGAUGUCAACGAAUCGAAGAUUAUCCAUGGAUUUAUUGAGAGUUCUCUCAAAGGAAACACUCCUAAUACAGCGGAGAGCGGAAAGGUUAAACAACAACGCAAAUCACCGUGGUUUGUGCUGCGUCUACAUAAUAUGAAGAGGAAAACUGUGAAAUUAUUGAAGAAAUUCAAAAUCGGGUCGAAAAAGCGGGUGUUGUCUAAGAAAAAGUGUGAAGAUAUUAAUAAUUGUUUGACAAGUAUUGAUGCUUUGGAAAGUUUCUCGGUUGAGGAGGUGUUCAGCGGGGAUUCUAGUUUGAGAAGCUCUUGUACCACUCUAUCAAGGAGCGCUUUGAAAACACUAGCCGGUCCUCUGCGUUUAGAUUUGUUGGAUGUAGACUAUUAUCAUCGAGAUGUUCUUGGCACCUCCAUGGACUGGUCGAAAGAUUCAGUUUUCGGACAAGAUUCCGAUGAGGAAGAUGAGUACUUUUCAGCUGUGUGCACCAGAAGUGUGUCACUAUCUAGUAUCACUCCUUCCCCUAGUUGUGAAAACAAGGAUGAUCAAAUACCUUGUUGUGGGAACAAGGAUGGCCUGUUUCGUUUCGAAGGAGUGAAUCUGUUUCUAGCUCACGGUUACAAACCAAGAGAGUUGCUAGAUUUGGGAUGCAGCGCUAAGGAUUUGGUAUCAGCUGGAUGUGGCGUUGAAGAAUUAAUUGAAGCUGGGUGCUCAAUACAAGACCUUGUCGAAUCUGGAUCUAAAAUUCAUGAACUCCUUCGAGUUUUGGACGAGAAAGGUGUUCUAAAUUCUGAUGAAGUUCGGUCUCUUGUAUGGAAUAAUAGUAAGAUAGAGGACCUACUUCAACAGGAGCCUGGUGCUAGGGAGAGAUUGAUUGCUAGGAAGGAGCGAGGCGAAGAUUUGUACCCAGCUUGUGACGUUUCUGUGUGGUUUAGAACUUGCCGGAAGGAGAUACUGGAGCCAUUGGAAGGUGUAGUGACAGGGAUAGUUCCUGAUUGGAUUCAGGGAUCGCUGUUGAGGAAUGGCCCUGGAAGUUUAGAAGUGGGUGAAGACAAGUUCCAACAUCUUUUUGAUGGAUCGUCCUUGAUACAUAGAUUUGAAAUAAAAAAUGGGAAAGUGACUUACCAAUGUAAGUUUCUUGAAACGAACACUUACAAGAAAAAUAGAGCAGCCCAGCGAAUUGUUGUGACGGAGUUCGGUACAGCUGGUGUGCCGGAUCCUUGCAAGUCGAUUUUUGAAAGGUUUUCAGUGCUCUUCAAUCCCGGAGAAAUGUCGGACAAUGCAAUGAUAUCGAUCUACCCAUUCGGUGAUGAGCUGUAUGCGUUCGCAGAGACUAGUGUUAUACACCGCAUCGAUUCAGAAACUUUGGAUACAUUAGAAAGGGUGAAUAUCUCGGAGCAUGUGAAUAUUGUCAACCACACCUCUCAUCCACAUGUGAUGAACGAUGGUACCGUCUUCAAUGUGGGCAUUGGCUUCAACUGCUGCGGUCCCUGCUUCAACAUUGUCAAGUUUCCACCACCCUCACAAAUAGCCGAUGGCAAAACUGCGUUCGACAAAGCAAAAGUGGUUGGUUCAGUUUCCGCGCGCUGGAAACUGAAUCCAUCCUACAUGCACACUUUUGGCAUCACAGACAACUUCUUCAUAAUAGUUGAGCAGCCUCUCUCGAUAUCAUUCACGUCUAUGAUCUCCCGUCACGUUCAGAAUAAACCGAUGGCUCCCUGUUUGCAGUGGAAGAAGAAUGAAAAAACGGUAAUUCAUCUGAUAGAUAGAAAAACCGGCAAACCAGUUAAGAAGUACUUUGCGGAUCCCUUCUUCUUUCUGCACAUUAUAAACCAGUAUGAAGAGGACGGUCAUCUAAUCUUGGAUAUCUGCUGUUAUAGAGAUGCUACGAUGUUAGAUUGCAUGUACAUUCAAGCACUUCAGGACGCCAGCCAGAACAUCGACUACUGUGAAAUGUUCCGCGGCAGACCGCUGCGGUUUGUUCUUCCGCUCUCGAUUCCGUUCAACUACAAGUCAUGGGGAACCAAUCUGGUGAGCCUGCGCGGAACCACCGCCUCCGCAUACGCGUUCCUCGACAAGACUGUCUUCGUCUGUCCGGAACUGCUGUGCGAUCUGGGAUGUGAGACGCCGCGGAUCUACUACGAGAGAUACAUGGGCAAACCGUAUCGCUAUUUCUAUGCUAUAUCGAGCGAUGUCGAUAUGGAGAAUCCAGGAACGCUGAUAAAGGUGGACACAAGAACCAAGUCUUGUCAGACAUGGUGUGAGGAUCACGUAUUUCCCAGUGAGCCUGUCUUUGUAUCUUCACCGAAACCACAGUCGGAAGAUGAUGGAGUUAUAUUAUCUGUUCUACUCUGGACUGGUGGCUAUGACAACAAGGUGGGACUCUUGAUUCUAGACGCAAAAACAUGGACUGAGCUGGGACGAGCUACUUUCUUCACACCAACACCUGUCCCCAAGUGUCUUCAUGGCUGGUUCAAGCCCUCUCUCAACAAAACUCUGUGAUGUAAUCAAUAAAUCGUUUUCUUUCAACAGUUAA